AUGCAGACUGCUUCUACAAACAUUUGUGAAAGAAUGGGUCGCUCUCAGGAGCUCAGCGAAUUCAAGCAUGGUACCGUGAUAGGUUGCCACCUGUGCAAUAAGUCCAUCAGUGAAAUUUUCUUGCUACUAAAUAUUCCACUGUCAACUGUUAGUGGUAUCAUAACAAAGUGGAAGCAACUGGAACAACAGCAACUCAGCCACGAAGUGAGCGGGGUCAGCACAUGCUGAAGUGCAGAAGUCACCAACUGUCUGCAGAAUCAAUAGCUAAAGACCUCCAAAGUUCAUGAGGCCUUCAGAUUACCACAACAACAGUGUGUAGAGAGCUUCAUCGAAUGGGUUUCCAUGGC